GAUUUAUUUUUGCCAGUUUAUGUCAAAGGUACACACACAUGUAUAUAUAAACACGCAUUAGUUAGUUAUAAACUCGUUCUAUCAUCUUCUUCUUCCUCCCUCUCUCCUGUCUUUAACAAUGAACAUAUCAGUAAACGGACAGUCACAAGUGCCUCCCGGCUUUAGGUUUCACCCGACUGAGGAAGAGCUCUUGCAGUAUUACCUCCGCAAAAAAAUAUCUAACAUCAAGAUUGAUCUCGAUGAUGUUAUUCGUGAUGUUGAUCUCAACAAGCUCGAGCCUUGGGAUAUUCAAGAGAUGUGCAAGAUUGGAACAACGCCGCAAAACGAUUGGUACUUCUUUAGCCACAAGGACAAGAAGUAUCCCACGGGAACAAGAACCAACCGAGCGACCACGGUCGGAUUUUGGAAAGCAACCGGACGUGACAAGAUCAUAUACAGCAAUGGCGAUAGAAUCGGUAUGCGGAAAACGCUUGUCUUCUAUAAAGGUCGAGCCCCUCAUGGUCAAAAAUCCGACUGGAUCAUGCACGAAUAUAGACUCGACGAUAAUCUACUAGUUUCCUCCUCUCAUCUUGACGAUGACGUCACUCUAGAAACGUGUGAAGUCAUAGGAGGAGACGAAGGAUGGGUGGUGUGCCGUGUUUUCAUGAAGAAGAGUCUUUGCAAAACUGUAAACAGCAGUCCGCCGAGAUCGAUCAAAACGCCGUCGUUCAACGAGGAGACUAUAGGCCAUUUUCUUGAAGUUAUGGAGCAAUCUUGUAAAGAAGAGACCAUUCUAGACCCUUUCUUAAAACUCCCCAACCUCGAGUGCCCUAACACCGUCGCGAGUUACCAGCGGUUGAUGGACGACCAAGUCAGCAACUGCCACGUCAGUAAACUUGUGGAUCCCAUCACUAGCUGGGCCUCUUUGGAUCGUCUCGUUGCCUCGCAGCUAAAUGGCCCCAACUCAUAUUAUGAGAUCCCACAGUCACCGUUCCAUGGACUAAACGGGCCCGGUUAUUUCAAUACUGGUUUGACGCCUGAUUAUUAUAUACCAGAAAUGGAUGUCUGGAAUGACACAGAUUUCGGGAGAACGACGCCAUCGUCCAACUAGUUGCGCCACAUGUCCAACAUUAGUGGAUAACGGAAAAUGAAAGAGGAAGUGAUUACUAAUUACCAAACAAAAAACAUUGUGUAGAAAGAUGUAAUGAUCAUAUCAUAGUAGUUGAAACAUUUAAGAAAAAGGUCAGACUUGUAAU